AUGUUUCACACAAUGACCGUAUCCUUGCAACAUCGGCAUCGGCCCGCAGCAUCAUCACCCAUAUCAUGCUCCUCUCAUCUCACCCGUCUGCCACUUUUCGCGUCUUUUUCUCGGUCCCAAUUUCAUCAUUUUCUGAAUUCAGAUGCCGCGCUGCCACUGAGCGUCUGCGCCACCGCCUUCACAAUGGAGCUGGUCGCCGGCAAUACACAUUUUCCGCAGAUGCCAUCACGGCGAGAUAAAGAUAGCAACACCGAUCUUUGUCCUCAGAAUACAACCAUACUAGAGGAACCAUUCAGGGAUCCACAAUCACAGCUUUGGCAUUUGGCUGAGCCUCGAACAUAUAACAUCUCCAGAUCCACCCGAAGCAUUUUCAGAAACACGAAUCUACGAUAA